AUGUAUUCAGAGAUUACUGCAAUAACAAAGGCCAACAGGGACAUGCCUGUGUUGACAUUGCUGGAAGAUGUCAGGAAUUGGUGCAUGAAAAGGAUGGGUUCCAGGUUCGAUAAAGCAGUAAGCAUGGAACCUAAUGAUCUAACAGAGCAUGCAAAGGGGGUGCUGGUGACUAGGACUGAUGAUUCUAGGUUCUGCCAUGUCACUGCAGCUGGUGGUGGAGAGUUUGAGGUGAGGGAUGGCCAUGUCAAGUUCCCUGUCACCCUUGGAAAUAUGACUUGUGGGUGUUGGAAAUGGCAAGGAUCAGGGAUCCCUUGCAAGCAUGGGCUAAGGGUCAUUUACAACCAGAGACUUGAUCCUAGGGACUUUGUCUCACCUUUCUACAAGGGGGCUGCUUACAAACUCACUUAUAGAGACCACAUCCACCCCAUGGCUGAUCCAACUCACUGGCCUUCACUAGAUGUGCCAGAAUUUGCACCACCCCAAGGGAAAAAAAAUGCUGGCAGACCACCUAAGCAAAGGAGAAGAGCUGCUCAUGAAGCAAAAAAAGGAAAGAGGCAUAAGAAUAACAAAUGCAGCCUAUGCAAAGAACUAGGCCACAAUGCAGUGACAUGCAAGGCAAAAAAGGCAUCAUCAAAGAAGACAGCACAUGCAGCUUCCUCUUCACAGCAAGGCAACACUAGGGGGAAGAGAAAGGCUGCUACUUAG